CCCCCAAUUUUUUUAUUUGUCCUGGUUCAUCUUCAUUGAGCUGAAAUGGAGUAGAGCUUUUAGGUUUUGUUAUCUGGACGUUGAUAAUUAGCAAGUCAUCUCUGUUUUGGUUGAAUCGAUACCAAGCUUCCUCUAAACUGUUAUAGUUUUAAGAUUUCCAUUACCAAUGGCUGCCAGCAACAAUGCUGCUGGGGUCGAUAACACUUUUAGAAGAAAAUUUGAUCGAGAAGAGUAUUUAGAACGCGCACGCGAGCGCGAAAGACAGGAAUCGGAAUCUCGGUCUAAAUCCAAAUCCAAAGGUCCCCCAGUGCAGAGAAAACCCUUGAAACAUAGGGAUUAUGAAGUAGACCUUGAAUCUCGCUUGGGUAAAACUCAGGUCGUUACACCUGUAGCACCUUUGAGUCAGCAGGCUGGAUAUUAUUGUUCAGUUUGUGAGUGUGUAGUGAAGGAUUCUGCUAAUUAUCUGGAUCACAUCAAUGGAAAGAAACAUCAAAGAGCAUUGGGUAUGUCCAUGCGAGUAGAGCGGGCAUCUCUUAAGCAGGUUCAGGAGAGAUUUGAACUUCUCAAGAAAAGGAAAGAACCUGGAAGUUUCACAGAGCAGGAUCUUGAUGAGAGGAUCCUAAAGCAGCAAGAAGAAGAAGAAGAACGAAAACGACAACGUCGGGAGAGAAAGAAAGAGAAGAAGAAAGAGAAGGCAGCUGAGGAGGAACCUGAAAUAGAUCCAGAUGUUGCAGAAAUGAUGGGAUUCGGGGGCUUCCGAACAUCCAAAAAAUGAUCAUGUUUGAUCUACUCUUUUCUCCGAAUGAAUGAAGCACGUUUGUUAUAGUUGAAGCCUUGUUUGUUGAAGAGAGAGUGAGAAUUUAUUGGAGGAACAGGUAGAUUUUAGGUUUCUUCCAUGAGUGGGAGGGAGGUAACUUGUAACAUUUCUGAUUUGUUUGAUAUCAAUAGAUUAAGAAAAAGGGAGGAGCUAUUAUAUCAUACGCUGCUGAACUUGCACAGAGACAGUUCCAAAUGCAUUUCUUUGCUUCUCUGCCUUGGAUUUGAA